CCGUGAGCCGUCAUCUCGUCAGCUGACCAGCGCGUAGGCAGCAGGCUGGCAGCGCCAGCAAAGGCAUAACAACAAAGCAUUUAGAUCUGAUGUAUAAUUUUUAAUAAGCAAAUAUGAGCUCUGUACAGUCUUACAAACGCUUCAGUGAUGAGCAGUACAAAAACUGGUUAAAAACCACAGAGAGUCUUUCAAUACUGAGGACUCAUAUGCGGGACUUCAUUGAACAGGAAACCGAAACUUAUCACAGCUCUCUGCGAAAUAAACAGGCUCUCAAAGGAUUGACCUGCGACAAAAAGUGCACUUUUAAGAAGAAUAAGAAUAAACAGGUACCUCUGUGCCCUUUGUGUAAUAAUUGGAAGAAGGAGAUUCACAACAAUCAUGCUAAAAAUGCUAAUAUAUACUGGGAAAACUGCCAACCACCUCUAUGGCCUACAAAUAAAUGGGAAGCUGCUAAAGCAUAUAUGCCACGUGGGCAUGAUAAGCAUGGUACAUUUGAAGAGUUUGAUGUUGCUGCUAUUUUGAACUUAAUGCGUUCCUGCAAACACUUCAGUGGCAUCCCAGAUUCUUGUCUGCAAGGUGUACUAAAGGUACGUAACAGCGCAAUGCACUCACCUGACUUCAAAAUGAGCAGUGCAGACAUGGAAAAAAAUCUUGUCAAGGUCCUGGAGAUGGCCAGGAAGCUUGAAGCAAGAUUCCCAGAACUGAAGAACUUGGAGAAAGACUUGGAGAAAGAUAUAAAACAGUUCAACAACAUUCUGGACAAGAAUUUCAGUCAGGACUCGCAGUGUGAGGUUGAUGGCAAACAAGACGACAUUGAGAACCUGAAAGAGAUCCAGAAAGUUCUGGACCGGGAGCAACAAGCUAUGAAGGAAAAGUUGGAAGGGUUUCUCUUGCACUUUGAGGGGAACAAUGAAGAAAGUGUCAAAGAACAAUCACAGGAUUUUCUGGACUUUCUGGACCAAAACAAAGAUCUUCUGGAGAACUUGGCCCCACAGGUCAACAAACUUAAAGAGAUGCAAGAGAAAGUUGAUCAACACGAGCAUCAGCUCACCGACCUGAACGACAGAGUGGACUAUCUGGAGCAGGUGACAACUGAUCCAGUCUUAUCUGGCAACCCCCUCAGAUUCAAGAAUCAUCUUUAUGAAUUUUGCCGUAAAAACCAUUGGCCAGAGCCAAAGUUUACAGAAGAGCGAAAAGCCGAAGGUUACAAGGGUAUGUUGGAAGUGAAUGGACAAACAUUCGAGGGCAAAAUGGUGUGUAACAGCAUAAAGAAUGCCCAUCAGAAUGUAGCGCACAUUGCUCUUGAAUACCUGGAGUCAGAGGUUGAAACUACAGAACCACAAACAGCAUUAACAUCGACUGAGAUCUCCAGUUCAUCUUCCUCACGGACCCACUUUGGUAAAGUGACUGUGGUUCUCGAUCAAGAAUUUACAUCUGGUGGAUGCUUUUUAAAAGAGGAGGAAGCAGUUGAAUCAGCUUAUGAGGAUUUAUGGAAGCAGUUGCAAGGUGUUAUGGGUCCAGUGAAAGAACAGACAUACAAGUUGGCAAUCCUGGAUUAUUUCAACAAACUUGAUUUCCCAAUACCAACCAUACAAUUUACUCAGAAUGAUGACAACACAACCAUCUGUAAACUCAGACUGAGCGGCUCUUUUACUUUUCAUGACACAGUUGGCUCCAGCAAGAAGAAACAGGCAGAGCAACAAGCAGCUGAAGUUGCUGUGAAACAUCUGUCAAAGAUCCUUAACUGUGGUCCAAUAUCAGACACUGAGAAAAACUUCAAAGGUCUCCUGAAGGAGCGUCUAGAAAACCUGCGUCUCAAAGCUGCUGAGUAUGACACCGAAGAAGGUCCAAGUGGAACCAGACCAGAACCUUCAAGCCUAGUUUGUGCAUCAGUGAAACGGCCUUCAGACCUGGAGUCUGAAAGCAUCUCUACAGCAUCUCCGCUGUCAUCAUGUCCGAGUCAUGAGUCAGUCAGUGGUCCUGUACCUGUAUCACUGGAUCCUCAAGAAUCAUGUUCUUCAUCUUCACAGAGAAAAAAGGCCAAGAUUGAUACUUCAGGGCUCACCUUCUUUGGUAAAGUGACUGUUUUCCUUGAACGAGAAAUUGUAUCGGAUGGAGGAUGUUCAGAAGAGGAAGCAAGUGAAUCAGCUUAUAAAGUUUUAUGGCAACAGUUAUGCAUUAAUGCUUCAAUUGAAGGUAAGACAUACAAGUCCACAAUCCUAGAUUAUUUCAAAGAAAAUGAUUUCCAGAUGCCAGCAGAAGAGUUUAAUCAAAAUGAUGACAACACAACCAUCUGUAAACUCCGACUCACUGGCCCUUUUACCUUUCAUGACAGGGUUGGCUCCAGCAAGAAGAAACAGGCAGAGCAACAGGCAGCUAAAGUUGCUGUGAACCAUCUGUCAAAGAUCCUCAACUGUGAUCCAAUACCAGCCACUGAGAACUUCAAAAGUCUCCUAAAGGAGCGUCUAGAAAACCUGCGUCUCAAAGCUGCUGAGUAUGACACUGAAGAAGGUCCAAGUGGAACCAGACCAGAACCUUCAAACACAUCUAUCAUUCAGGCAACAGUAAAACAGCCUUCAAACCAGGAGGAGUCGCAAAGCAUCUCUACAGCAUCUCAGCUGCCAUCAUGUCAGAGUCAUGAGUCAGUCAGUGGUCCUGUUCUUGUAUCACUGGUUCCUCAAAAUUUAAGUUCUCCAGCUUCACAGAGGAAAAAGGCCAGGAUUGAUACUUCAGAAAUUGAUGCGCUGCUUACUGUAUGGAAUCUGAAAGCGCCACAUGUGAAGGUUGAGAACAUCCAAUAUGAUGAAAAUUUCAAAUGCACCAUGGAAAUCAACUUGGAAAACUUUACUUUCACAAACAAAAUAGGCUACGACUCUAAGAAGGAAGCCAUUCGAAAAACGUACCUGUUAUUCGGCUGUGCAAUGGGAAUUUUUGAACCUGGCACUGCAGAUGAAAAGACAGCCAGUGCUCAAGUGAAGCAGCACUUCUCUCAGAAAUCUCUUCCACUUCCUCAGGAAGAUUUUGAAGGUUCUUCAAAACCAUUCUGUUGCUCAAUAAAGAACAUAAGUUACAAGGUUGUCUAUGAAGAACAAGGAUCUUCAGAGAGCGAAGCCAAGUUACAUGCUCUCCAGAAAGCCCUCAGUUCACUUUCACGUCUAUUUGAUUAUCCUUCACUAACCGGAGCUAAUAGUCUUGAAGAUGUGGAGAAUCAACUGGGCUGCAUGCUGAAAGGGGCAGGUCAGAAAGAUCCAGUGAUCUCGCUGCACGGGCCGCUGGUGAAGACCUCCAUCCAGCUGUGUUUUACCGAUCAUACAGUCAAGUGUACAUGCAAAAACAGCAAAAAAGCAGCUCGUAAUCAUCUCAGUUUACGUAUACUGAGCCUGCUGGGAGAGAAGACAGAUUCAGGGAGUACAUCUGUGAGAAACUGUUUAGAUGAUUGGUUUAAACAGAAGAAUCUACCACAGCCUGCGUUUGAGGACACAGAAGAAGCCCUCGGAGCGAAAGCUACUUUCUCUGUUCAGUUCACCUGCUGUAAUCCAGCUUGGGAAGACAACUGGGACACGGCAAAGAAGAAGCUGGUUGAAGAACUCAAGCAGAGAUUUCAAUUUCUAAACGACUAAAGCACUGAAAAUCAACGUAUUUCAAGAGACACAAAUGUCUUGUAUGUCUUACUGUACUAGUGGUGGGAUUGCAAUUACUGUAUAUGUUUUAAAGCGGUGGGAUUUUUUAAUUUUAAAUUAUGGUAAAACUUUACAAUAAGGUUAAAGUCAUUCAUUAGGAACAGACUGGUUGCUGAGCUUUAGCAACUGUGUCAACUAGCCCUAUUCCCCUCGAUGGAUGAAAUUUUAAAGAAACUCAACUGUACAUUUCUAAAAUGUACGCCAAAGGUAUUUAUCCAUUCCAGUGUCAUCAACAGCACUAUAAUGCAUCAUAUACUGGUGCUGAAAAUUUGUAAUACUAAAAUGCAGCAGGUGCACUGAUCUAAUUUUAGACAACAGUGUUUAGGUAGAAAUUGUGCUAUGUGUAUUUGAUGAGUAAUGAAGCAUAUAAUGCAUUUUGCUUUUUAAAUAUUCAUGUAAAUUCUGAAAUAUGAACUUUGAUCUCCGUUGCUCAUUAACUGUAUGUUGUAAUCAUGGACUGUGCAAUUUUGUUAGUUUACUAAAUAUAUAAAAGUACUAUUAAAUAAAAGUGAUUUAUAUUGCA